GCCUCACACAACCUUAGUUGAUUCAUCACAGACAUCAUGAAGAUCACUCUCCUCGUCCUCCUCGGCCUCGUCGCCCUCGCCGCCGCCCGCCCCGAGAGCGUCCUGGACCUCGACUUGGAUGACUUUCACCACGACCAGGAUGUGGACGAUGAGGUCGUCACCGGAACUUACAGCUGGACCUCUCCCGAAGGCGUAGAAUACUUCGUCAAGUACAUCGCCGACGACGACGGCUUCCGCAUCCUGGAGUCCAACGCCGUCCCCGCCGUCGGAAACGUCAGGGCCGAUGGUCAGCAGGGAUCCUUCCUCUCCUCUGAGGAAAACUAAAUCACACAUACAAAGAUGGAGAAAAAAAAAGUGAAAUCUAAAUAAGGAAACGAAGAAUAACGAAAAUAGAAUUAGAAGAGAGAGAAAGAGAAGAAAAAAAAAGUGUGAAGAGGAACCAGAAAUGAAUUGGUUCUCUUCUGCCGAAUUUUGGGAGUGAAGAUUUUUGUCCGCCUUUUAUAUGGGGGGCGAUUAUCUACUUUUCUGACUCCCAUACGAAGAUAUUUUUAAGGAAAAAAAGGAAAAACAAAUUAAUUUUUCGUUCAGUUCCACCGAAUGCCAUUGCUGUUGGCUUCUUUAUUUUCUACUUUCUUUGUUUCCCUUCACUUCCCUGUUUUUCUUUUUCUUUAUAACGAAAUUCCUCAUGUGAACUUUAUCACCCUUCCUGUCUAUUUAUUUGUAAAUAAUGCUCAUUUUCCGCAAUAAAAGGAGAAACUAAU